AUCAGCCCCGCCCCUUCAGUUUGUUACGCUGUCAACAUGGCGUCGGGUUGUUCGGUGAGGCAAAGUUGGCGAAGAAGUGUUAUUUUUGUGGGCAUUUUUAUUCAUCUUUCAAUCAACGGUUACGUGUCGCUUCCUGUAAACAUAACGAAUGGUGCACCUAAGGAGCCACUUGCAAGUUUUUCUGUGACUUCUUUGGACACGGCAGCAAGCAAGGAUAAAGUGGAGCCUGUAGCAUCUAAACAGAAUCCUACAGUAUCAUCAGAUUCAACAAGUCCUGAAAAAACCUCCAAUAACUCCACAAUAACCAAUGCAGAGCCACCAAAAGACAGCAAGACGACUAGUGUGUCAAAAACAUCCACAGAGAACAAAGGCAGAAGUCAAGUCACCAUUAUUGGUACUUCUGAGAUACAAAACACACCACUCAGUGACCGGAAUUCAACAAGUACAGAUGACUCAGGAGGCAAUGUUAAGGCACAAGGUAUACCUGCUGUUUCUCAGGAUGUUCCGGCUUCUCAUCCAGAAUCUGCUGUGAAAAAACCCACAACAGCCAAACCUACAACAGAUAAUGCAGAAGCUCCUGUUUCUAACUCCAAAACCUCCACCCAACAGAACCUGUCCACAGUGGACAACAAUGAUGCAAGUAUACUGCUGAACAGUGACGAAGAACUAGGACCACCUCAGUCACCCGAUGAUGAUGAAGACGGUGAUGAUGAUGGUUAUGGAGAUGAUGAUGCCACCGAUAGAGAUGAUGAUGCUGGUGACUUAAUUGAACAGUCUCUGAGCGAAAAUGAUCAGAGGAACAAUGGCCAGCUGCAGCCAGACAGGACACACGAGGAGCCAAACAGGGAGCAUGGUUAUAAUGCCAAAGGCCUCUACAACUCAGAAGACGAGGACUCACACUUCUUCUUCCAUCUGGUUAUACUGGCUUUUCUGGUGGCCAUAGUUUACAUCACAUACCACAACAAGAGGAAGAUUCUUCUACUGGCUCAAAGCCAUCGCUGGAGGGAGAAUCUGUGUUCUCGCAACACGGUAGAUUAUCACCGCCUGGACCAAAACGUCAACGAGGCCAUGCCUUCCCUGAAAAUAACACGAGACUACGUUUUUUGAUCCUUAUUCAAGAGAACACUACAUACAUCAACAUGAGCCAACUUGCCUUCCUGCCAGACCAGUGGCAAAUGUCGCAUGCUUUGUUGAGAUUUUAUUUGUU